GUUUGAAGAAGUUGAUGGCUCCUCACCCUGCCCUUCUGUACAGGAAUCAAACAAUGAAGUUUCUAGCAGUAAAAGUGCUGAUAGUGCCAAUAGUGUCAGUCCAUCCACUUCUAAUCAUUUUACCCGAAAAAUUAAGGCAGUAUCUACAGACUGAAAACAUGGUUUCAGCAGCCUAAAAUCUCCUGAGAGAAACUGGAAUUCUUUGAGAUCACAAGAAAUCAGACUGGCGGGAAGAGCAGUUUCAUUUUGAUUUAUGAUACCUGAAUUGAUCUGAGGUGUCUGAACACAGCCUGGAGAGCUCUAUGACCAGAUAACCAGCAGGGCUGGCUCCAGGCACCAGCCAAGCUAGCCCAUGCUUGGGGCAGCAGAUUCAAAGGGGCGGCAUUCCGUUCAGUCUUAGGGUGGCAUGGCUCCCUUUUUUUCCUUUUCUUUUUUUUUGUUCACCGCUCUGGCCGCCCUGUAGGGGGCAGUGGGGAGGAGGAGGGGCGUGCCUUGCUGGGAGCCGGCUGCGCGCUCCGUCUGUCCCAGCCACUGCCAGGUCUGCAGCAAGCCCAGCAGCCCGCGUCCUUCCCUCCCCGCCGACCGGAGCAGUGCGGAGCCCUCCCGGCAGGAGGGGCCAAGUGGUACAUGUGACAGCGUUGCAGCUAUGAGUGGAAUUUUAAAGAGAAAAUUUGAAGAAGUUGAUGGCUCCUCACCCUGCUCCUCUGUGCGGGAAUCUGAUGAUGACAUUUCUAGCAGUGAAAGUGCUGACAGUGGUGAUAGUGUCAAUCCAUCCACUUCUAAUCAUUUUACCCCUUCAUCAAUCCUGAAGAGGGAGAAGCGGAAAAGGACAAAGAAUGUUCAUUUUAACUGUGUUACCGUGUACUACUUCACAAGAAGGCAAGGCUUCACCAGUGUCCCGAGUCAAGGAGGAAGCACAUUGGGCAUGUCCACUCGUCACAACAGCGUGCGCCAGUACUCCCUUGGAGAAUUUGCAAUGGAACAGGAGAGGCUCCAUCGAGAGAUGUUAAGAGACCAUCUAAGGGAGGAGAAACUUAACUCUUUAAAACUGAAGAUGACAAAGAAUGGUACAGUGGAAUCUGAAGAGGCUAAUACUCUGACGUUGGAUGACAUUUCUGAUGAUGAUAUUGAUUUAGACAACACAGAAGUAGAUGAAUACUUCUUUCUACAACCCCUACCAACAAAAAAACGUAGGGCACUGCUACGAGCCUCUGGAGUGAAAAAGAUUGAUGUGGAAGAAAAACAUGAGCUGAGGGCUAUCCGCCUAUCCAGAGAGGAUUGUGGCUGUGACUGCCGAGUGUUCUGUGAUCCAGAAACUUGUACUUGCAGCCUUGCAGGCAUAAAAUGCCAGGUGGAUCGUAUGUCUUUUCCAUGUGGUUGCACUAAAGAAGGGUGCAGCAAUACAGCAGGUAGAAUAGAAUUUAACCCCAUCCGUGUACGGACUCACUUUUUGCAUACAAUAAUGAAACUUGAAUUGGAGAAAAAUAGAGAGCAGCAAGUUCCUGCACUAAAUGGUUGCCACAGUGAGGUAAGUGCUCACACUAGUUCUCUGAGUACAGCACCCCACCCAGUAGAAUAUUCACUUGCAGAGAAUUUUGAGAUGGAAACUGACCCCCAGGCUGCAGUGAUGCACCUGCAGUCUGCUGAAGAUUUGGAUUGUCCUGGGGAAGAGGAGGAGGAGGAGGAAGAAGAUGGAAGUAGCUUUUGUAGUGGAGUUACAGAUUCUAGUACACAAAGUUUAGCACCCAGUGAAUCUGAUGAUGAUGAUGAUGAAGAGGAGGAGGAGGAGGAGGAAGAAAAAGCAGAUGAUUUUGUGGAAGGCAUGGGGUCCCAUGCCGAUGUGGUGCCUCUUCCUUCUGUCCUUUGCUAUUCUGAUGGCACUGCAGUACGUGAAAGCCACUCUAAAAAUGCCUCAUACUAUGCGAACUCUUCAACUCUGUAUUACCAAAUAGAGAACCAUGCCCCUGGCAGUAAUAACCACAUCACUGAGACCUAUUCAGAAAGGGACACUGUUAAAAAUGGUAGUCUUUCUCUGGUGCCUUACAGUAUGACUUCAGAGCACUUUGUUGACUACACACGGCAAUCAGAGGAAAGUUACAGCAGCUCUCAUUACCCUUCUGCAAACCCCUCUGUGAUAGUUUGCUGCUCCUCUUCAGAAAGUGAUAACAGUGUUCCAUGUAAUAGUUUAUACACUGAACAUAGGCCAAACCACCCUCAAGUGGAAUUUCACUCAUACUUGAAAAGUACCUCUCAAGAUGGAUUUGUUUCAGCUUUGAACGGUGACAGUCACAUACCAGAGCAAGCUGCUGAGAAUUCUAUAAGCCUUUCAGAAAAGAGCAGACUGCAUGAAGAGUGUAUCAAAUCAUCUGUAGUGGAAACAGUACCUGUUUAAUUUAUUAAGAUAUUCUAGGACUGAAUCCCUUUUAUUUAAAUGCACUCCAAUUGGAUUUCCUAGAAUCAUAAUUUUUUAAGAUGUGGAUUAAGAAAACUUGGACUAUGAUUAAUAUUCCAGACACAUUUUGUUUUUUUCUUCAAGCUACAUGGCUGUGGCAUUGCACAAAAACAGUUCAUGUAAAGAUUAAAAACAGAAAUCAAACUGUCUUUUGAUAGAAAAUGUAUAAAUUAAAAAAUAUAUACAUAUUUCAAAGUAGCCUACCUGUCAAACUAUGUG